UGGGAUGCAGCGAUAGGGAAGCCAGUCGGUGGGCCCUUGCAGGGGCACACUGAUUCGGUUACCUCGGUCUCGUUCUCGGCGGACAGCACUCGCAUCGUCGCUGGUUCGGAGGACAUGACUGUUCGGCUUUGGGAUGCAGUGAUGACGCAGCCGUCGCAACAGUGCGCCGUGUCAGAUCCUUCAGCAUUCUCAGAUGAAUAUCGCACCACCACUACCAUAAAAUCGAACACUUUGAACAAUCACUUCAUUUGCUUCUCGCCAAACUCCAUCCAUGCGCUGUGCAAUGCCUCUGAGUUGACGGAGGGAGCAUCCCAUGGCGACCACAGUUCGACCCCCAUUUUCUUGAAUGUUGACAGUGGAUGGGUGGUAGGACCCGAACAUCGGCUCUUAUUCUGGGUACCGCCCGCUUCUCGAGACCCAUUUUAUAACCCUGCGACUGCGUUAGUGAUACCCAGAGGAUGUCCUGAGCUUGAUUUGAGCCACAUGGCACAUGGACAACACUGGCAAAAGUGCCGAGAGGAACCUUCGUCCCAACGAUGAUCGCAGUAAUGGACCCGUUAUGGAGAUUUCAGAUAUAAUU